GUGUGCAGAUGCGGCAAAGGACGUGAUUGAUUUAGCAGUUGGAUCCCAAUAUGUGGGCCAAGAUGGAUACUAUGUCAUGGGCAAGAAGGCAGAAAGCUCCAAUGCAAGUAGGGAUGAAGGCAUGCAGAGACUACUGUGGGAAAAGAGUCUAAUGUGGUCUCGAAUUGGUCAGGAAGACACGGUGUUGACUCUUUAGUACAAUGACGCCCAGUAGGAUAGGAGCACAUGUUGACAUUCUUCUUCCAUCAACAAAGCCUACUUACCCAAUCAUCAAAAUGACAUUUGUUUAUGAUAAACUAUUGUCUCUGCAACCGUUGUGGCAACUUUCGAGAUUCGAUACCUAUGAAUCUUGGCUUGCGUGUUAUCCUGCUGUCUGGGGCCUUUCUCUCGCUAUCAAUCAUUAUCAAUUGGAGAUAUCUCAAGGAAAUUUGCUCUUACUUGUCAUAUAUAACUGGUGUUGCAUGACAAUAAUUCAUGCAGCAUUCUGUACCUGGAACGACAUUGUCGAUGCCAAUAUUGAUAGGUUCGCUAUUCGGACUGCAUCGCGACCGUUGCCCUCUGGACGAUAUUCGGUUUUUACUGCGCGCUUAUGGUUCAUCGCACAAGUAUUCCUUGCUAGCAGUGCUGUUCAUGUUCUGCUCGGCAUUGACUCCCUUUACAUGGUACUUCCUUGCUUUGGGUUGGCAUUUGUGUACCCUCUUUCAAAACAAUACAUACAAUGGCCACAAUUUGUCCUGGCCCCGACAGUAGGUUGGCCCAUUUUUAUCGGAUGGAUCUCUGUACAAACUAGAGUUGGAAUACCGGAACGUCUGGAUCUCUCGGUCUGUGUUCCAGCAUUUCUAUCAUACGCUACCUGGACAAUAUAUUACGACACUUGCUAUGGCUUCCAAGACAUUGCAGGAGAUAAGGAAUCUGGAGUUGGAUCCUUGGCCCAAUAUCUGGGAAUUCCGUUUAUCAAACCAUUCUUACUGGGAGUGAAUGUAACAUCAUUACUUCUACUCGGUCUUGGCUGUGAGCGAUCUGGUUGUUCUAUGCUGUUCAAGUACUUGGGUAUUGGAUUUUGGGCAUUGAGCGUGCCAUACCAAUUCUAUCACCUCGAUCUUCAAAAGCCGAGCUCGGGAGGGAGGAUCUUUCUGUUCAACAUCCGACUCGGGCUGUAUAUCACAAUUGCUAUCUUGGUUGAUACUUUGCAUCGAUAG